AUGUUCGGACCUCCCCCUUCAGCAGCUGGUCCAUCCCAGCCGACUUCUGCUUCGCCAGAAAAUAUCCUGCAAAAUCGUCCUGACGGUUCGGAUGCUUCCCCAGGCGGUAAUGUACCAGACGCACCAUAUUUUAAUUGGCAAGCUGCGCCGCAGAAUUCGAACGAUCUACCGGCGGGCCCGAACCUAGGCAGGAGCCAGAUUUCGCCCUCUUUGCCUGCACACGUGCCAAACGCAGCCCAGCAUCCACCUUAUGCGUAUUACCACUAUCCUCCGAAUGCAUGGGCUAGUGCAUGGCCUCCCAGUACCUAUCCGUACGGCGUUGUUGGACCUUACCAAUAUGCUUUCCAGCAUCCGCAACCCAACCAAGACGCUACUCCGCAGCUGCCACCGAGCUCUCCUCCCACCCGUGCUAUCUUGCAAGAACGGAUAGAUAGGUCUCCCUCUCCGCCACCGCCCUUAAACAAUGACUGGGAUGCGGUCAUAAUCUCAUUUUUAUCUUCGGCCGGGUUGACGCAAGCAUUGCGCGGUUUCAAAGCCGACAUGGUCGUCAUGAACCCAGAUUGGGCGAAUAGCAAGAUUCCGGUGGCGCUCGACGAAUUAGGGGACAACCUUAUGCGGCUGCGCGCACGCGGCGAAAAUAACGACGUCAAGUACGAAACACGCCCCCUAGAAGACCGCAAGCUUGAUUAUGUGCAGGUCUCUCACGCUGCCCAACCUCGUGCUCAUACGUCAAUUACAAAGUCCAUAUCACAGCUCCUUGCUCACAAUCGAGCUCGAAAUGAUACGUCUAAUCGCGCUGAAUUUCUUGAGUCUCUGGUGCAGAAACGCCGCAGGUUGAGCCGGGAAGACCAUCCGGAUGUGUCCACAUCGACUCCAAGUUGCGCGCGAACAGAUGCAAAGACGCAGGACAGAGAUGUCCAAAUGAAGUAUGACAUCGCCAAGAACGAAGAUGGUCCUUUACGCAGGACGCUCAAAAACGAUCACGUCACAUCGGAACAAGCAGCAAGCGGGACAAGCCAAGGCAGAGGCUCGAUGGCUACGUCUGCUGACAGCGAGGCCGCUCCUGAGAGGUAUCCUGCCCUUGAUGAACGGAUGAGGAGCGUGGAAACGCACCUUGCGGUCCGCUACGGUGAGGUUAAUCCAAUAACGUUGCCCCAUCGCAUAUUCAUUUCAGUAGUGCCGUCCCCACCGAGAUCGCUACUGGAUCGUCUGAAAUUCCUAGAAGACCACAUCGUGAGACUGGAGAAGGAAUAUCCUCCAUGGGCCGCUCUACACUUCAACCAGCCCAGCCGAGGCUGGCCACCACCGCCUCGACCAACACCUAUCAUUGUACCUUCCCACCUCACGUCAAGUGCCGCCCAGUCCCAUGGGAGCCAACUGACCUCACACCGAGACGUUCCACCUCCUUGGCCAAUGCAUGAUCCAACUGCUCCACUAGGGACUGCCAGUGGUAAUGAUGCCGAGACGACCGACUCGAACACGUUGAAGACGAAGGGGAAAAUAGCUCGCAAUAGCAAGUCUAGCUUACAUAGAGCCGUCAUGGAACGGCUCGAAGUCCAGAAAGCCAUGCACGAUCUCGCUGGAGGCAGUGAUUGA